ACAGAGUGUGUACACUAAAGUGGUGGAGGUUAUAGUUUACAGGCAGAGACACUGUAGUUCAGUGUUUCAGAGAACUGAGAUGUCAGAUCUAGUUCAGAAUUAUGUGACUGUUGCAGAGAAGAGAGGAGAGCGCAUAGAGAGGGUGGUGGAAAUCUAUGCCAAUGUAGAUGCUGUUAGAGGUCAGGACCUUAAAGAAGUAACAGAAGACAUCAAUGUGAAGAAAAACCUACAGACCAAACACACAGGUGGCACUGCUUGGGGCAGAUGUUUCAGCCUGACUGCAGUAAGUGUGCUGUUGCUGCUGCUGUGUGUUCUCUUGCUGACUGUCGUCACAGUGCUGUUGUUGAAAAACAACAAACUGGACACAGAAAAGAACCAGUUCCAGUCCAGCUACAACACCAUGAAUACAGAGAGAGAGCGUUUACAGACCAGUAAUGACAAAAUGAGACUCCAGAUAAACCAGUUACAAUUUCAGAAAGACCAGCUACUGCUGCAAAGAGAUCAGUUCGAGCAGCAGAAAUCAAGCCUGAAAAACAUGCUUUUAAAGCUCGGAUGUGGAUUUUUCAGCUCAAGCAUUUACUACAUAUCUGAUGUAAAGAAAGCCUGGAGUGAAAGCAGACAGGACUGUAUAAACAACGGAGCAGACCUGGUGAUUAUAAACAGCACAGAGGAACAGGAGUUCAUCAGUAAAAGAUUUGGUAACGCUGAAGCUUGGAUUGGUCUGUCUGACACAGAAAUCGAGGGGAAUUUUAAAUGGGUUGAUGGUACACUACUGACAACUUCGUUCUGGUGGAACAGAGAACCCAAUGACUAUGGGAAAAAUGAGGACUGUGCUAUAACAGGUUAUAAAUUUGCUAAAUUUAAUAUUUCAACCUGGGCUGAUUUUCCCUGUGACUUUCCUGGAUUUGGAAUUUGUGAGAUGAAAAUAUUUAACUGAGCACAUUGGAGUCAGACACUGUAAUAAAAAAAAAUAAAAUAAAAAAAGUUGGAAUUCAAUUACAGAACAACUGUGUAUACAAUUGUAUUCCUUAAGUAGCUUGAAUGAUUCUGUGUAAUGGUCUUGUGUAGGCUGAAAAAGGAGUCUGUACUUUAACAGCAAAGAAAAAAUGUUUUUGGAAUUUUGGAAUUACAGGAUAAAAAUCUGAUAAGAAAAAAAAAGCAAGAAAUGUGCUUUUUAAUUUUUUUUUAAUGAGUAGAUGACUGCUUUCACUAUGAUGUAACUGUGUCUUAGUCUUUUAUUUUAUUAUUUUAAACAGUAGCACAACGUAUUAAGAAAUUCACAUGACUAGAAAUUUUCAUCUUAUCAUGUUUGACUCAGACAAGACUGUUUAUUGUUUUAUCUUUGUUUUGACUAUGCAUGAAUUGGUUUAAAAGAGAACUGGAAAUGAGUAACACAGUGAAUACAGAUUUAUACUGAUGUCAAUAAACUUUAAUAGCUUUUGCAAUAAAUGUUAUUAUAUUCAUCAAUUCCUGCUACAAGAAAAAGCAGAAAUUAUUUUGCUGUUUUGAAAAGCUUUUUAUUUUAUUAUUUUAUUAUUCUAUUAAACUUUCUACUGCAAGGAUUUCUCCUAAUAAUAAAAAUAUUAAAGUUGUGUUUAUUGGCGAUAAGAGCAGUGAUAUUAGUGGUGUUGCCUUGUAUUUACUGUAUUAGUUAGGAGCCAUAAAUAAUCUUUACAAAAAUGCUGCCAGUGUUGUCAAAUGUUUGUAAGAAAUUUCAGACUGCCUCAGUAAUAUGUGUAGAAAUAGUACUGUAGUAUCUGUAGUUUUGUAAUAUUAGUGGAAAAUUGGUAAUUACCUUUAAUUAAUCUUAAAAUGGUAGAGGCAAAGAAAAGAUUUAUUCUAAGCAACAUUAUCAUUUGGCCAUUUGGUCUAAUACUCAAUUCUUACACUUAAUUUACAUUUAAAGCUAAAUCCCAUUUUACAAGUGAGAAUACGCUAUAAAAUGUAUGAGCAGGAAUUUUGCUGUGUUCUUUUUUUGGACUCUGAUGAAUCCAAAGUACUUUAUGCAUUUUGUCACUGCUACUCUGCAAAAACUUCUUCAUCAAGAUCCUGCUGUCCUCAUCAUUUUUUUCCUACAUGUUUGAACCUCUUCCUGAACUCAAAAUGUGGUUACAAUUGCAGUAUUUUUUAUGUGAAGAAAAACAACAACUUCUCUUUGGGGAAGUGAAUUAAUGGCUUCCAUUCUAAUAUGUAGCAAUAAAUUAUCUGCCACUUGAAAAGCAUGUGCUACUGAGGAAAGCUAUAUAAUUACUAUGUAUGUAAUAUUUGACCUGAAGCUAUAAUACACUCUGAUGCCUUACCCUUAUUGUUCUUUUACAUUUACAAUAAAUGUAAUAUUUCUAAUGGA